AUGGUGGUCCACAAUCCUAACAACUGGUAUCAAAAAGCUAACUCCAGGCACUGGGUCGACAGAAACUGUCUUCCUUGGACGAAGGAAUAUCUUGGUAACAACGUCGUCGACACUACCUACGAAGACGAUGCAUUGAAGCUUGUUGUCACUGAAAUCACUACUGUUUCUGGCGACUGUGAUGUCACCCAGAGAAAGGGCAAGACUUUGUGUAUUUACGAUAUGAAGCUUCGAUUUGCCGUGCUGGGUUCCAAGAAGGACGAGGAGGACAGCUCCUUCACCGGCACCAUCGCUUUGGACGAGUUCUUCCACGACCAAGACGACGACGAGUACGUUUUUGUGGUGGAAGGCGACGACACCGCUCAUAUCAAGAAACACUUGGUUCCUUUGGUGAAAGCUAAACUCGUCAAGUUCCAGGGCGAUUUGAUUGGCGCCCACGAGAAGGACGUCCAACACUCCUCAGGUCAUUAA